AACCACUUCCGAGACGCAAUCGUGACUUAAUAUAGCGCCAUGUCACCUAUGGACGCUCCUCACCCCUUCUAUCGGAUCACGUCGGAGGCCAUCAAUAGAGCAGCUAGGGAGCGAUUAUUAAUCGAGCAGCCGGGGAGACAUUAUUAAUCAAGCAUCCCGUUCGGCCCUCCGUAAAUGCCGUCAUUGAUCCGACCGAUGGUCUAAUAUCACGGACCGUGCCGACUACAUGCAAGCAUCCCAUAAAUACAAAGCUUCCUUUUCCCCCCUCUCGCACAGAGAUACUUAUCCACCGCUUCUACGAUUCUUGACCACCAUCUCUUACAUUGCGCCGUGCCUUCUUUUCAAUUGCAAUUACCAAUCAUGGCUUCCAAGUCCUUCUACGCUAUCAUAUCCGGAGUCGGUCCCGGAACAGGCCGCGCGACAGCGCUCCGCUUCGCCCAAGCCUACCCAGUUGUCUUGCUUGCUCGCAAGCCGGAGAGCUACAGCUCCAUCGUCACCGAGAUCAAGGAAGCUGGGGGGCAGGCUUUCGGCCUCACCGCCGACGCUACGGAUGAGGCUGCCGUCAAUGCCGCAUUCGAAUCCAUCAAGAAGAUCCUUCCUGGAAGCAAGCUCGCCGUCGCAGUAUACAACGUCGCCGGCGGCUUCGCUAGGAAGCCAUUCCUUGAGCUCAAGAGGGAGGAACUGGAUGCCAGUCUCGAUGCAGCACCAAAGGGAUUCUUCACAUUUGCGCAAAAGACACUACCCCUUCUACUCGAGUCGGUGCCGGAGUCGCCUCACCCGCCGUCUCUGAUCAUCACAGGAGCCACGGCGUCCAUCAAGGGUUCUGCCUUGUUCGGUUCAUUCGCUGCGGGCAAAUUUGCUCUCCGUGCUUUGGGCCAGAGUCUGGCCCGCGAGUUCGGUCCCAAGGGUGUUCAUGUAUCGCAUGCAAUCAUUGACGGAGUGAUUGAAAUACCUAGGACCAAGGGAUUUACCGUUAACAACGGUGCCGAAGACGGCAAAAUCUCACCGGACGCCAUUGCGGAGACGUACUGGCAUCUGCAUACGCAACACCGAUCCGCCUUCACUCAGGAGAUUGACAUCAGGCCCUAUGUGGAGAAAUACUGAGCGAGAAGAUAGUCAGAGACCCUCAAUGAUAUCCUAGUGGUAGCCUCACAUAUACCCAUCUUCGGAUCGUAGUGUGCACGUCGCG